AUGGAUAAUGAUGGACCCAGAUCUAUGACCAUUGGGGAUGACUUCCAAGAGAACUUUUGUGAACGUUUAGAAAGAAUUCACAAUACAUUACAUUCAAUAAACGAUUGCAACUCAUUGAAUGAGAGUACCACAAGUAUAUCAGAGACAUUGUUAGUUCAAUUUUAUGAUGAUUUGGAGAACGUUGCCUCGGUAAUUCCCGACUUAGUCAACAAGAAAAGACUGGGAAAAGACGAUAUUUUGUUGUUUAUGGACUGGUUAUUAUUGAAAAAAUAUAUGCUAUAUCAAUUUAUUAGUGACGUUCAUAAUAUUGAGGAAGGUUUUGCUCAUUUGUUGGAUUUACUAGAGGAUGAAUUCUCGAAGGACGAUCAGGAUAGCGACAAAUACAAUCGAUUUAGCCCGAUGUUUGACGUCAUAGAAGAAUCUACACAAAUUAAGACUCAGUUGGAGCCAUGGCUUACUAACUUGAAGGAAUUAUUGGAUACGUCAUUGGAAUUUAACGAAAUUUCAAAGGAUCAUAUGGAUACAUUACAUAAAAUCAUUAAUAGCAAUAUAUCGUAUUGUCUGGAAAUUCAGGAAGAAAGGUUCGCGUCCCCGAUACGGCAUACUCCAUCAUUUACCCUAGAACAACUAGUCAAGUUAUUAGGAACGCAUACGGAGACAACUGAGCCAAAGGUACCAAAAUUUUCUCCGGCAGAAGAUAUUUUAUCAAGAAAGUUCUUGAACCUAAAAAAAAAUAUCCCUCCAAUUGAAAAAAGUUUGACUGAUAUCCUACCUCAAAGAAUUGUGCAAUUUGGGCACCGGAAUAUAACAAACAUAACUACUUUGCAAACAAUCUUGCAAAAAAAAUACGAGCUGAUAAUGAAAGAUUAUAGAUUUAUGAAUUCAGAGUUUAGGGAAUUGAAAGUCGAACUAAUCGACAAACGUUGGAAUAUACUCUUUAUUAAUUUAAAUCAUGAACUAUUAUACAUUCUUGAUGAGAUAGAAAGGUUGCAGUCGAAAUUACUGACAACAAAGUAUACCAAAGAUAUCACUAUAAGGCUCGAGAGGCAAUUGGAGAGAAAAUCAAAAACUGUUUCUAAGACAUUCAAUAUUAUUUACAGAGCAUUGGAAUUCUCACUUUUGGACGCUGGCGUCGCAUCGAAGACAAAUGAAUUAGCUCAAAGAUGGCUGAAUAUCAAGCCUACAGCGGAUAAAAUUCUAAUCAAAUCCUCCGCUUCAAACAAAAUAGCUACUAGCAAGAAGAAGAUUCCAAAACCGAAAUCAUUAGGCUUUGGGCGACCGAAUAGUGUUAUUGGAACUAUAACCCAGGAUUUCCAGGAGAGAGUCGCCAUUAAUGAAGGUGACAGUAAUAAAACACCGGAAAAUUCAACUACAGUGGCUUUGAAAGGUAAAAAGCUUGGUAAAGCGUUACUGCAGAAGAUGAAUAUUAAACCUGCAACAAGCCCAAAUUCAUCAAAUGCGAUUAAUCCAUUUUUUGAUCCGGAGUCGCCAAACAAAGGAAAACUGAUACUAAGUAGUGUUCCUCCCUUACCUUAUGACGAAACCGAUGAAACCACCCUCCGUGUUUCUCGUGGGGAAAAUGAAAAGUCACCAGACUCCUUCAUUACAUCUCGGCAUGAAAAUAAAGUACAGAUUACAGAAACUCCUUUGAUGGCAAAGAAUAAGUCUGUGCUUGACAUCGAAAAAGAUAAAUGGAAUCAUUACCGGUCCUUGCCCUCUAGGAUCCCUAUAUACAAGGAUAAAGUGGUGAAAGUCACCGUAGAAAACACACCGAUAGCAAAGGUUUUCCAGACUCCGCCAACAAAAAUCACGACACCUAAUAGUCAAGUUUGGGUCCCUUCGACAAGAAGAAGAACCCGAUUGAGGCCUCCCACCCCCUUAUCACAGUUACUUUCACCAAGAGAAGGGCGUUUAGAUAAAACCCCAACUUAUUGA